ACAUAAAACAAGAAAAGCUCCUCUUAUUUCAAUCUCUCAAUCCAAUAUGAGAAGCUACCCCCUUUCUACCCUAUUACUGGUGCUGCUACUCGCAUCGCUGGCUGAUGGUACAUCCUUUUGGAGCUCCAUUCGCGGAGGUGGAUCGGUGGCAACCAGGUCUCGUUCACCACCUCUCGUCAUCGCAGAAGAUCAAAGACGGAGAGCGACGUCCAACAAUGAAAUUGUGUCAACCAAACUGGAACGUGUUGUUAAGGGCUUCCAGAAAGUGGUUCCCCGAAAAGACAUUCAUGUUGGCAAGCUCCUGGCUGCGUUCAAACAAAUGCAGGCAUUCUUGCAAGACACUGGAAUGAACCAAGCGGCAAAUACCUUGUCCACGAACAUUGCCAAGAUAGAAGAUUCACACCGACGAGCACCAGCACACGAACGUGAAAACCUAUCAGCUCUUCUACGUUAUGAAAUUGAUUCUGGAGUUCAUCAAUCCCGGGGCCUGGCAGAGAACAGCGCCGCCAUGGGAGUGGUGUGGCUUUGUCGAAACCUAAGCUAUCAACGUUCCAUGUAUCAGCUCAUGUUGGAAGCAAACAAGACGCCACUGGAAGCGGCACAACUGGCAUUUCAAAAGGAGUUGCGUCCCCACCUCCACUGGACCGUCGCGAACGUUCUAUUGGCGGCCAUCAAGAGCCUUACGCCUGCCAACCAUUCAGCCUUUUUCUCCAAGAUUGGAGGCUUCCCGGAAAAGAGCUAUGGUCCUGACGAAGAAAGAGCUACGCGUCGAGAUGUCCAGCGAAUGAUCGAUCUUUGGCAGCCGAUUCUGACGCACCUUGGACAGGUGUUUCAUGACUUGGAACUGCAGGGGCGGCUGUGACGCUAUUUGAUUGGAUCCGUCUCCAGUAGGACUUGUACAUACCAAAACGACGAACUUCGAAAAACUGUAACAUAAAAUGUGAAAGCAAACUUUAGUGCAUAUUACGGUGUUGCAAUCGAUGCUCACUAUGUAGUAGUAAAAUUGGCACGAAAGACACGUAAGGCACCGGUGCAGGCGGAAACACAAUGUUCCUGGUAUGUCUGAUGUGAUGAAAAGUGGAUGUUUUGGGUCUGAACAUCUGCAGGAGACUACCAUCCAGAUAGUUUAGUGAAGCGUUCCUAGC